AUGAAGUUACUCCAUAUUGGGGAGGGUGGUGUUCGCUUUAUAGGGAUUCAUGGGAUGGGUGGGGUGGGUAAGACCACACUGGCACAAGUCAUUUAUGAUAUGGUUCUUCGUCAAUUUGAAGUUAGAUGCUUUAUUUCUUGUAAAGAAGAAGAUGGAUCUGGAACUAACAGAAGAAUUUAUCGUCCUCUGAAUGAUUUAAAAAAUCAGUUUAUUUCUAAGAUCCGCAUGGGAAUGCAAAGGAAUUUCUUGGAUGAUAAUGAUCGAAUCUCUGUGAUAAGUAGGGAACUAAGACACCGAAAGGUUUUUCUUGUUCUUGAUGAUGUGGAUAGAGAAGAAGAAAUAAAAGCAUUAGCAUGGAGCCCUGAUUGGUUUGGUGAAGGGAGUAGAAUCAUUUUAACAAGCAGAGAUGUUCAUUUGUUGGAUAGGCAUGCGACUGCUAGUGCUAUCUAUGAGGUGAAGUUGUUGAAUGACAAUGAAGCUUUGCAGCUCUUUUGUAUGAAGGUAUUCAAAAGACCCUGUCCCCCUUCUGAAGGUCAUUCUGAUGCAGAUUUGUAUAAGAAAGUUUGUAUGAAAUUUGUGAAACUUGCUGAAGGCCUUCCUUUAGCUCUUGAAGCUUUGGGUAGCCGUAUGUCUCCUCAAACACUGCCUCUAUGGGAAAACAGUGAUGAAAUACGUCCAGGAAGUUCAAAAGUGAUAGAAAGAAGCCUAGAAAUCAGUUUUGAUGGACUGGAAGAGUCGGAAAAAGAAUUAUUUUUAGAUAUUGCAUGUUUCUUCCGGGGUUCAGAUUUAGUUAACAUAAUACAUAAACUAGAAAGUUUUGGUUACUUUCCAAACAUCAGUAUUGACGUUCUAAGGGGCAAAUCUCUUAUAACCAUCUCAAGGGGCAGAUUGUUAAUGCAUGGUUUGCUAGAAAAAAUGGGUCAGCAAAUAGUUUAUCGUGAAUCCCCAUAUGAACCCGGUCAACGCAGUAGAUUGUGGGAUUGGAAGGAUGUCCUUGAUGUAUUGAAGAAUAAAACCGGAACUGUUGCGGUUCAAGGCAUGGUCCUGGACUUCCCUAAUAAUACAAGAAGGGAAUUAAGACUGGAUGUGGAUGGCUUCUCAAAUAUGAAAAGAUUGAGAAUGCUUAAGAUUGGCAACAUUGAUUGUGUAGAAAACGUUUCUGAACUUUAUGCUAAGUUAAGCACUCUGGUAUGGCAAGGAAAUCUUUCAAAAUUUGUGCUACCCGAUGGAUUACGCAUUAUGGAAUGGUGUGGAUGUUCGGUUUUCAACCAGACAUACUUGUCGUAUCCUCUAAAAUCCUUGCCAGCCACUUUUGAACCACACAACCUUGUUGAACUCAGCAUGCCUUGUAGCCCUAUCGAACAAUUGUGGAAGGGAUUUAAGAGUUUAGAGGAUUUGAAAAUCAUUGACCUGCGUGGCUCUCAAAACUUGAUCGAGAUUCCAGACUUAACCGGAGUCCCAAAUCUUCAGAGACUAGAGCUUGAAGGUUGUACAAGUUUGUCUAAGCUCCAUCCAUCUAUUGGAUUUCUUAAAAGGCUUAAACGAUUCAAUUUACGAAAUUGCAAACGCCUUAAAAGCCUUCCAGACAUGAUCAACUUGGAAUCUCUUGAGUUUUUUGAUCUAUCUGGCUGCUCAAGACUCGGCACGUUUCCAGCCAUCCUAGGAAAUAUGUCAUCUCUUGAAAUUCUCCUGUUAUCCCAUUGCACAAGACUUUUUGAGCCAGAUGAAACUGCUAUAACACAAUUGCUUCUGAAGAGCUGCAAAGAUUUAUUAUUCCAUUGUCACUUAUUUCCGAAAGAAAGCUUAGAUCCCAAUGCUCAUUUGAUCCUUAAUUCAUUAUCCGAGUUAAGCUCUUUAAUAUUCUUAGAUCUGAGUUAUUGCAAUCUAUCGGAUGGAGCAAUACCCAAUGAUCUUGGUUACUUAUCCUCACUUGAGAUUCUAAACCUGAGUGGGAACAAUUUUGCGAGAAUACCAGAUAGCAUUUGCCAGCUUUCCAAUCUUGAAUCACUUUACUUGAGAAAUUGCAGCAGGCUUCAAGCAUUGCCAAAGCUUCCAUUGAGUUUAAUAUACUUGUACGUUGAGAAUUGUCCAAAGCUGGAGGAAUCUUCUGACCUUUUAUUCACGGGGACUUCAAUUGAAAAAUUGGCACUCGCUGAUUGCUCCUUAGCAGCAUUGUAUAUUGAUUAUGAUGGUGGCAGUCCCUGCAGUAUUUUACAAUUGGAUCUACGAAAACAUUUAGAGACAGAAGGCCAUUGGAGAAGAUUCUUUGGUACCAAGGUCAUAUGUGGGUCGUGGUUGGGACCUGGAAUCCCAAAGUGGUUCAACAACAAAAGUGCUAGUUCCUCUGUAAAACUUGAGAUGCAUCCAGAUUUGAAUGAUAAUAGGGAGUGGAAAGGAUGUGCUCUGUUUGUUGUUUAUGAAGUCCAUGAGCAUCAUAAGUCAAGUUCUAUGAUUUUUGAGAGCGCUGACUUUGUUUAUCAUUUUGAGACCGACAAAGGACAUCUAGAUAUACCCUUUGUCCUCCCUGUCCCUAAAGUAACAUCUGUUGGGGCAACUGGAUUUUGGGUGUAUAUACCAGCUAAAUGGUUUUUGGAACAGUACUUGAAGAAAUUGGGUGGAUGGAGCUACAUUGAAGCUUUAAUUUUAUCAGAUAGCUUGGCUGUGGAGGUGAAAGAGUGUGGGAUAGGUCUAGUAUGCAGUAAGCAUGAUGCUUUGGAAUUUUAUGAAGCUUUGAAUAUCAUUGGUCAUGGUUUGGAUUUAGAAACUUAUCAUCCUCCCUUAUAUCGUUCCUCAGAAGCUUCUGCUGAUCAGCUGCAAGUGCCUUAAGAGAUGAUGAUCGGUGAAGAUGCCAAGGACUGAAAGUUAUAUAGCUCGUGUUGUACCUUAACUUCACUAGAGGAAGGCGAGGCUGCAUUUAUUUAUCUGAUUCAUCCAAAGGGUGUUUCCUUGUGCAUUUAUCUCAUUCACUUGACUGUAGUCUAUAAUGUAUAAUUUAUAAGGUAGCUCUUUUUGCUUUCUAAUAAGAAGUUAACACAU